AUGUCGGCCGAGCAGGAUACCGCUGUCCGCGAUGGUGUCUCUACACCAGACAGCAACAACUCACCCAAGCUCUCCAACGAGAAGCACAUCGCUGAGGGCAACGACGAUGUCAAUCCCGACGAGCUCGCUAUGAGCCAGAAGGAAUACCGCCAUAUCAUCCACAAACUGGAUUGGGCGAUCAUCCCUUACUGUACUUUACUCUAUCUCCUAUCCUUCCUCGACCGUGUCAACAUCGGCCAAGCCGCCGUCGCCGGUCUCAAAGGCGACCUGGGCAUCGUGACCGGCAACAAAUACGCUAUCUCGCUCUCCGUCUUCUUCAUCGGCUACAUCAUUGUCGAAGUUCCCUCGAAUCUGGUCCUCAAAGCCGUCAAGCCUCAUCGCUGGAUUCCAAUCAUUAUGGUUGCUUGGGGCAUUACUAUGACGCUAAUGGGUCUGGUCGAGAACGCGGCUGGCUUGCAGGCGGCACGGUUCUUUUUGGGUAUUGCUGAGGGAGGGCUGUUUCCUGGCAUCAACUUUUUACUUACCUGCUGGUACGCGAGACGACAGCAGAGCUUCCGCAUAGGGAUCUUCUUCUCUGGAGCGACGCUUGCUGGGGCCUUCGGAGGAGUUCUCGCAUACGGUCUCAAGUACAUUCCCUUUCCCGCCUGGGAGCACUUCGGCGACCUCCCUCACCAGAAGAACGUCCCCACACCGGGCGGCUGGCGCUGGAUCUUCAUCCUCGAGGGUCUCGUCACACUCUUUGCCGCCAUUCCCGGCUGGUGGCUCCUCGUUGACUUCCCGGCGGACGACAACAAGAUCCUCACAAAAGAGGAGACCAAAAAAUGGAAUCACUUCCUCGCCAAGAGCCAGGGCGUGACGAACGCCGAUGUGCCGUUCUCGUGGGAUCAGGUGAAGACUGCGUUCGCCGAUUACCGGACGUAUAUGUAUGCGAUCAUGUACAUCUCGAUCGCCGAGCCGUUGUAUAGUCUGGCGCUGUUCACGCCGACGAUUAUCGCGGAUCUGAAGUUCACCGGCGCGUCAGCGAACUUGAUGUCGACUCCGCCAUACGUGUUCGGGUUCAUUACGACAAUGACGACCGUGUUCGUGGCAGAUCGAUACUUUAUCCGAGGCCCGUUCAUCCUGUUCUGGUCCUUGUUCACGAUUGCUGGUUACGCGAUUCUGAUCUCGGAUGUGGCGCCUGGGGUGAAGUACUUUGGUAUCUUCUUGACUGUGGCUGGAGUUUCGCCGAAUAUUGCGUUGGCGAUCAGCUGGGUGGGCGCGAACUUUGGUCCGAUUUAUGUGCGCGCAACUGUGAUGGGCUUCUUCUUCACAAUCGGCAACUCGGCUGGCCUCAUCUCCUCCAACAUCUAUCCCACAGCCGAGGCGCCACGCUUCAUCAAAGGCCAUGCCAUCAAUCUUGGCUUCGCCUCCCUCACAUUCCUCAUGACCAGCGCCAUUAUCUUCGUGAACUGGCGCGAGAACAAGCGACGAGACGCGAUCAGCUUUGCGCACCCGGAUGGGAGGGAUGUUGAUCCUGCGUUAUUGGACCAUCCGGAGGAGAAGGCGAGAUGGGGUUACAGUGAAACUAUGGGCAAGGAGGAGCUGUUGAGGUUGGGGGAUCGGCAUUUGGGAUUUCGGUAUGUGCUGUGA